AUCAACGGCGACGUAACGAGAAUUGAAAUAUUGGAAAGAAAUGUCCAAGAAUUUUCUGAAACUGCCACAUUUUCCGCUAAUUUCAACCGUUCAGCCGCAAUAUCGUUAAAAGACAUUAAAAAGGAAAAGAAUAACGAUUCAGUUAGAGAAAGGAAACGGCGAGUAGGGGUGUGAGAUGAAUCCCUCAGAGGAACAGUCCGUUGUAAAAGAGGGAUACCUUUGGAAGAGAGGAGAACAUAUCAAGAACUGGAGGAAGAGAUAUUUCAUCUUAAGGAAAGAUGGCUCAUUUUUAGGAUUCCGUGCUAAACCAGACCAUGGUUUAAGCGAUCCACUUAAUGACUUUACUGUUAGAGAAUGUCAGUUAAUGAAGCAGGAGAAACCACGUUCCAACACAUUUCUUAUAAGAGGGUUACAAUGGACGACGAUUGUGGAGCGUAUGUUCUGUGUAGAAACUCCCGAAGAAAGAGAAGAUUGGAUGCAGGCGAUUAGGUCUGUGUCAGAGAACCUGAAAAUGAUAGAUGAGGAGAGUGGAGAUGGAGCCACUAACAGUCUGGAAAAAGCAAAGAAGAAAGUGAGUCUUGAUGAUUUCCAAUUUCUUAAAAUGUUGGGGAAAGGCACAUUUGGCAAAGUGAUAUUGUGUAAAGAAAAGGCCACAAAUCAUUUGUAUGCAAUCAAAAUAUUAAAGAAGGCUGUGAUAAUUCAAAAGGAUGAAGUUGCACACACUCUGACAGAGAACAGAGUAUUACAGACAACAAAACAUCCAUUCUUAACUCAAUUAAAGUAUUCAUUUCAAACACCUGAUAGACUGUGUUUUGUGAUGGAGUAUGUGAAUGGUGGAGAACUGUUUUUCCAUUUGUCUCGGGAACGGGUAUUUGCAGAAGAGAGGACCAAAUUUUAUGGGGCAGAAAUAAUCUCGGCACUGGGAUACCUACACGAAAAUAAUAUUGUGUAUAGAGAUUUAAAGCUUGAAAACUUGUUAUUAGACAAAGAUGGUCAUAUAAAGAUUGCAGAUUUUGGAUUGUGUAAAGAGGAGAUGUUUUUUGGGGCCAGUACUAAAACAUUCUGUGGUACACCGGAGUAUCUUGCACCAGAGGUAUUAGAGGAUAACGACUAUGGACGAGCAGUGGACUGGUGGGGAACAGGUGUUGUUAUGUAUGAAAUGAUGUGUGGUAGACUUCCAUUCUAUAACAGAGACCAUGAUGUAUUGUUUGAACUUAUAUUGUUACAACAAGUGAAAUUCCCGCGUACAUUAUCAGAGGAUGCUAAAAGUUUGCUGGGCGGAAUGCUUGUGAAAAAUCCAAAAGAAAGAUUGGGAGGUGGUGAAGCAGAUGUUAAAGAUCUCAUGAGUCAUCCUUUCUUCAAAAAUAUUAACUGGCAGGACCUAGCUGAGAAAAAGGUCCCGCCCCCUUUCAAGCCCCAGGUCACCUCCGAGACUGACACUCGCUACUUCGAUGACACAUUCACAGCCGAGCCAGUAAGCCUGACACCACCGCAAGCAUCCCAUACUCUCGAGAGUAUAGAUGAAGAAACAAUGGACACUGGAAUGCCAUAUUUUGAACAAUUCUCUUACCAUGGGAGCAAAUCAAGUCUGGCGUCUAGUGUUAUGAGCUUUGAAACUACGUGGACAGCAUGACAAUCUUGAUUUAUAAAUCUGUUUUUGUUUAAAUCAGUAUACAAGUUGAAGGCUACAGAAUUUUGUCAAGUUUAUUAAAAUACUUGUCAGCUGAGCAGUCUUGUCAUAGAGGAUAGAAAGUUUCCGGGAUGGAAGGAAAGCUCCAGUCUUGUGACUGCAUGUUAUGUCAUAGUAACUGUUAGCAAUAUGUACCGUCUUAAAGGGACAUGCCUCCAGAUGAACAUCAAAAUUUGAACCGUGCCAUGACAAAACCAACAUAGUGGGUGUGCGACCAGCAUGGAUCCAGACCAGCCUGCGCAUCCGCGCAGUCUGGUCAGGCUCCAUGCUGUUCGCUUUUAAAGCCUAUUGGAAUUGGAGAAACUGUUAGCGAACAGCAUGGAUCCUGACCAGACUGCGCGGAUGCGCAGGCUGGUCUUGAUCCAUGCUGGUCGCAAAGCCACUAUGUUGGUUUUUCCCAUGGCAUGGCUCAUUUGAAAAAAUUGACUUCUUUAAACAUGUUAAAAUGUCAGAAACAUAAUCAGUGCGAAAUUUGUUCUUGAAAUUGGUACAUUUUGAAUAUGAUACCUAUAUCUAAAUUUCUUUCAUUUUACAUUAAUUUCUAUUGCAUGGCUACUGCUUUAGAAAGCUUAUUUUUACAUAUUUUACAGAUUGAGUGUUUUAGGUGACCUAAGCAAGAGGAACUCAAGAUGAGCUAUUGUGACCACUCUGUGACAUUGUCCAUCUUAGUGUGUUGUCCUUAAUCAUUAUACUGUUAACACUCUAGAUGGCACAAUGCUAGACCAGUUUUAAUGGAAUAUUUCCUUGGUUAAAAUCCUGGACAAGUUUGAUACUUAGUUAUCAGGGGUCAACAACUAAUUCAGAAAGUCAUAUCAUAUAAAAACUUUGCUAUCAAUCUCAAGGUCACAUUUUCCACCUUAUGAAAGUUGGUCAGAAUGUUUGUUUUAUUAUCUAGGUCAAGUCCAAAACUGGGUAAAUGAAGUAAGAAAUAGGUCACUUAUUAAAAAUUUUGAAAAUAUUAUUAACACUCAAGAGGUCACAUUUUGUAACAUAAUUUAAUGAAACUUGGCCAAAAUUUUUGUCUUGAUGAUAGCUCGACCAGGUUUAAAUUUGGGCCAUCUGGGUAAAUAAGCUAGGUCAGAUGUUUACUCUCUAGAGACCACUUUUUCUGUCCGAUCUAACUGAAACCUGGACUAAACAUUACUCCAGCUGAAUUCAAGGUCAGGUUUUGGACUGGGUCAGUGUGAUAUUGGGUCAAAAACUAGGUCAUUGGGUCAAAUUAUAAAACAAACCUUGUAAACACUGUAGAGGACUCACUUCCUAUCUGAUCUACUUGAAACUUGGUCAGGAUGUUUGUCUUAAUAAAAGCUGUGUCAGGUUAAAAACAGGGUCAUCUUGACUUGAGAAGUAUGUAACAGGGUCCAAUUUUAGAAAAACUUUGUAAACACUCAAGUAGCCACAUUUUCUUCCUUAUCUAUAUGAAACAUGGUUGGACUAUUUGCCUUAACUGAUCAAGUUUGAACUAUGAACUUGAUGAUCUUGAGUCAAAAAUUAGGUUGCUUGGUCAAAUUCUAGAAAUAACUUCCAUACUGUAGAAAUCAAAUUCUUUAACUGAUGUACAUGAAACAAACUUAUUAGUCAAAAUAUUUGUCUUUAUGGUAUCUAUGAAAAGUUUGAACUGGGUGACCUAGUUUACUCGGGUAUGAGAUACAGGGCCUUCUCGGCCCUCCUCUUAUGAAUAAAUAUUGCCAAGAACUCACUGAACCAGUUAGGGUUACUAGAUAAGCAAAAAACUUUAAGAAACUUUGUUGUAAAUCUGGACGUGAGCUCCUUGAGGAGCUUUUUCAGUUGCAAGACGAGUUUGUGUUUUUGUUUGCAUUUUUUUGGUGUACUUCACUAAAGAGAACUAAGAAUUGCCAAAAGUAGGAGCGCAUUUGUAAAGACGGGUUUUUUAUGGGGCCCCGGUAUCGAAGACUUGGGGAGAUAUAGGGUUUGAACCGUCAUUCCGUCUGUCACGCUUGUACUAGACUCCUACAGUUUACAUCAAAUUCAAAUGAAACUUUAUAUACAUCAUCAGUAUGAAGUGGAUAUUCCCAUAUUAUUGGGAUAUUCGUGUCUGUUUAUUAUUUGUCUGAGUUAUGCCCCUUUUUGGACUGAACAGUAUUACAAACUACAGCUAUACAAUCAACUCCACUUAAACUCUCCAUCCAAUUCAAGUGUAACUUGGUAUACGUCAUUUAUAUGGCGGACAUUUACAUACUGUCAGGACUUCCAUGUCAAAUUCUUUUUAUUAGUUUAAUUUAUUCUGUCAAGCAUUUUGAGGAGGCAUGUACUAUACAGUGUUGUCAAAAUUUUGUUUGCUAAUGAUGUGAAGACAAUAAAAAGAAGAAUGACUAUCUAAACAUGUCACAUUGCAGUAUUAAAUUUAUGGGUGGAGGGAUCACACAUUAAGCAAAAAAAAAUCACAAUGAUUAUCUUCUUUGUCAGGGCCAUGUAGGAGAUUUGGGGUGGGUUUUUUUUACACAUUUGUUGUAUUUCGGCAAAUAUUUUGAUUGUUAAUUUGGCCAGUGUUACAGAUGAUAUCAGUUUGCUUAUAAUUAAUAAAGUUCUGUAGCUCUUUUAUGGUAGUCUUCAUCCAUUUUAUUAUGAUUUUUAUCAUCUAGUUUAUAUUAAAAUUUAUGUUUCCGUAAAUGGACAUGUUGUUACAAAUUUACCUCAUACGCUAAAUAGAAUGCUUUGAAACUGCUUAAUUAUCAAGCUGUAUUGUUGAAAAUAGUGCUGGAAUUUCAUUCUUUUUUUAAAACUGCUUGAAAUUAUUUAUUUAUGGAAGAAAUUGAAGUUACAGAGUGAAUUUAGUUUUAAGAAUGGUUAUUAUUCACUGCUAGUGUGCAAAAAUAGUAAAUAUGUUUGUUGUAUAGUGGCUUUAUACUACUUCAAUAGUGGUUAUUGAAAACUUGUACUUCAAGCAACUUAGCGAAGGCAAGUGCACUGUUUAUUCUUUCAUACCGAACUGGAGUUUACGGUGUUUUCACUGAUUCUGGAAAACUCCAUCUAACACCCAAGGGUGUAAGAUUACCGUCGUGCUGUGAAUGACAUCAUAACAAACUACAUUUAUUAACAAGAUUGGUAUACAUGUACAUGUAUUAGUUUUUGUCGAGUCCACUUGCGGAUGCGAAGACAUAGUUGUCCAAAUGGCUGUUCGGUGUAUGUGCAUCAGUGCGUCCGGAUUUGUUUGUCCAGACAAUAACUUGGACAUGCAUGGAGCAAUCUUGUUUAUAUUUGGCAUGAAUGUUAACCUCAGUGAGACGGAGUGUCGUGCACAAACCCCAGGUUCCUAUCUCAAAGGUCAAGGUCACAGUUGUAGGUCAAAGGUCAUGUCAGAUCUUAUCCAGCCCGUAACAUUGACAUGCAUUGAGGAAUCUUGUUUAUAUUUUGCAUGAAUGUUUAACUCAAUGAGACUGACUCUAUCUCAAAGGUCAAGGUCACAGUUAUGGGUCAAAGGGCGGGCUCGACAUGUUGCCAGUUAGCAUCUAGUUACUUAAAAUACUCGUUAUGUGAAACAGUCUAAAAAUCAAAAUCUUUUAUAGUUGCUCCUUCUUUCUUAUAGUAGACUUCUGAAUUAAAAAGGAUAAUUAUAUGAGAAAAAACAAACCAUUAUGCUACAGUAAAGCUAAAGCGGAAGUCUGAUGUUGUUGGUCACGAUGUCGUUCUGUUAACAGAUGUACAUUUCCCAUGCUUCAUUAAAUAGGCAUCUAUGAGAAAGAGAUUUGACUACUCCACUGCUGUGUGGAUUUAGUUCACCAGAACGUCUUAAACAGUUCUGCUGCACUGCACAAAUGGGCAUCAAGAUUGAUAAGAAAGAAUUCAUAAACUACCUAAAGAAUCUUCCGCUGGUAAGAUUAUCUCAAACAAUACUGCUUUGAUGUUCUUGUUUAAAAGCAAUAAUCCUCUUAGAUUUAUGCCAUAUUAUCAACAUUUUUAAUGCAGAAACGUCUUUAAAUUGUACCAAAAGUCGUAAAGCUAUAUGGUAUUUUCUACAUACAUCACACAAUAUUUAUAGCUUUUCUAGUCAGCUUUCCCACUACACAAGACUUAGUGUUUGUUUAGAAAUGCAAAGCCUAAUGUACACUAAAUCACGUUAAGUUUCAUUUUUAGCUCACCUCUCACAAAGUGACAAGGUGAGCUUUUGCGAUCACGCGGUGUCCGUCGUCCGUGCGUGCAUCCGUAAACUUUUGCUUGUGACCACUCUAGAGGUCACAUUUUUCAUGGGAUCUUUAUGAAAGUUGGUCAGAAUGUUCAUCUUGAUGAUAUCUAGGUCAAGUUCGAAACUGGGUCACGUGCCUUCAAAAACUAGGUCAGUAGGUCUAAACAUAGAAAAACCUUGUGACCUCUCUAGAGGCCAUAUAUUUCAAAAGAUCUUCAUGAAAAUUGGUCAGAAUGUUAAUCUUGAUGAUAUCUAGGUCAAGUUCGAAACUGGGUCACGUGCCUUCAAAAACUAGGUCAGUAGGUCUAAAAAUAGAAAAACCUUGUGACCUCUCUAGAGGCCAUAUAUUUCACAAGAUCUUCAUGAAAAUUGGUCAGAACGUUCACCUUGGUGAUAUCUAGAUCAAGUUCGAAACUGGGUCACGUGCCAUCAAAAACUAGGUCAUAGGUCAAAUAAUAGAAAAACCUUGUGACCUCUCUAAAGGCCAUAUUUUUCAUGGGAUCUGUAUGAAAGUUGGUCUGAAUGCUCAUCUUGAUGAUAAAUAGGUCAAGUUCGAAACUGGGUCACGUGCGGUCAAAAAAUAGGUCAGUAGGUCUAAAAAUAGAAAAACCUUGUGACCUCUCUAGAGGCCAUACAUUUCAUGAGAUCUUCAUGAAAAUUGGUCAGAAUAUUCACCUUGAUGAUAUCUAGGUCAAGUUCGGAAGUGGGUCACCUGCCUUCAAAAACUAGGUCAGUAGGUCAAAUAACAGAAAAACCUUGUGAACUCUCUAGAGGCCAUAUUUUUCAUGCGAUCUGUAUGAAAGAUGGUCUGAAUGUUCAUCUUGAUGAUAUCUAGGUCAAGUUCGAAAGUGGGUCACCUGCCAUCAAAAACUAGGUCAGUAGGUCAAAUAAUAGAAAAACCUUGUGACCUCUCUAGAGGCCAUAUUUUUCAUGGGAUCUGUAUGAAAAUUUGUCUGAAUGUUCAUCUUGAUGAUAUCUAGGUCAAGUUCGAAAGUGGGUCACGUGCCGUCAAAAACUAGGUCAGUAGGUCAAAUAAUAGAAAAACCUUGUGACCUCUCUAGAGGCCAUAUUUUUCAUGGGAUCUGUAUGAAAGUUGGUCUGAAUGUUCGUCUUGAUGAUAUCUAGGUCAAGUUCGAAACAGGGUCAUGUGCGGUCAAAAACUAGGUCAGUAGGUCUAAAAAUAGAAAAACCUUGUGACCUCUCUAGAGGCCAUACUUGUGAAUGGAUCUCCAUAAAAAUUGGUCAGAAUGUUCACCUUGAUGAUAUCUAGGUCGUUUGAAACUGGGUCACGUGCCUUAAAAAACUGGGUCAGUAGGUCAGAUAAUGAAAAAACCUUGUGACCUCUCUAGAGGCCAUAUUUUUCAUGGGAUCUGUAUGAAAGUUGGUCUGAAUGUUCAUCUUGAUGAUAUCUAGGUCAAGUUUGAAACUGGGUCAACUGCAGUCAAAAACUAGGUCAGUAGGUCUAAAAUUAUGAAAAUCUUUUGACCUCUCUAGAGGCCAUAUUUUUUAAUGGAACUUCAUGAAAAUUGAUCUGAAUGUUCACCUUGAUGAUAUCUAGGUCAAUUUCGAAACUGGGUCACGUGCGAUCAAAAACUAGGCCAGUAGGUAUAAAAAUAGAAAAACCUUGUGACCUCUCUAGAGGCCAUGUUUUUCAUGAGAUCUUCAUGAAAAUUAGUGAGAAUGUUCACCUAGAUGAUAUCUAGGUAAAGUUCAAAACAGGGUCACAUACCUUCGAAAACUAGGUCAAUAGGUCAAAUAAUAGAAAAACCUUGUGACCUCUCUAGAGACCAUAUUUUUCAAUGGAUCUUCAUGAAAAUUGGUCAGAAUUUUUAUCUUGAUAAUAUCUAGGUCAAGUUUAAAACUGGGUCACAUGAGCUCAAAAACUAGGUCACUAUGUCAAAUAAUAGAAAAAACGACGUCAUACUCAAAACUGGGUCAUGUGGGAAGAGGUGAGCGAUUCAGGACCAUCAUUGUCCUCUUGUUUAUAAAAUUUCACUUGAAACCGUAGCAAUAACAUGAACAUGAUGCUUUCUCAAUAUGAAAAUAAUGAAUGACAUAAAUCAGAGUUGCUGCUUUAAUGCAGUUUUUACAAUUAGUUUUCGUAAAGGUUUGCUGAAGUACCAAUUAAUUUGCUUGCUAAGGUAGUUCUGCACGUUUGUUAAACCUGAAGUGACAGCGUAACGUCAUUUAUCCGGAUAAUGUAGAAUUAAGCAUGGAUUCGGCAUACGGAAAUGAAAAUCAUUUCAUGAAUUAAUGACAACCCGUGAGUAAUUUUAUUAUAAUGACAACGUUACUAUCUUUCUAAAGUUAAAAUAUAAUAUUAAAUCAUCUGACAUGUUAAAUAAUUCAAAAUAAUGUCUUAAAACCAGCUUGAAAUAUGCAGAUCACUUUAAUCAUGGGCAAAUAUCUCAAAAACAAUCACACAGCCCUAUACAUUCUAUUUCACCAUACUAUAGGCCAUAUAUUCAUUAAAAACUACAUUGUAGAAAAAUUUCUAUUCGAGAAAAUGUUGAGAAAAUUGUAAUUUUGCCACAGACUCCCAUUGUGAAAACUUUCGCGAGCUCAAAAUUUUUCAAAUCAGUCUAGCAAAAAAUCAAGGACAAGACCCUAUCUUUUUUAUUUAAUGUAUUUUCUGAAGUUUUGAAAAAUCAGGAUUUUAUCAAAUACUACAUUGUAGAUAAAAAUUUGAUCCGAACGUGCAGAACUACCUUAAAUUACAUUAUACUAAAUUGUGUUGUUUAACUUGUUUAUAUUGUUUAAAGCUGUUAUAUGUGAUUGUUUGUCAUGAAAUUUUGAUGCAAGAGCCGCAUUUAAGAGCAUACAUUGUCCUUGAAUAAUACAAGUUCAAGGCUAGGAAUUAUUUUGAAGCAAAACCGUUUGCAAGUCUAGUGCAAGUCCAUGGACACUAGGAAUUAUAAUAAUUCAAGAGUUCUUGAAUACAUCAAAUUCAAGGCCAAGAUUAUUGAAAAAUUAUAAUGAUUCAAGAGAAGUUGCCAUAAGUUUAACCCUUACCCUGCUGUAUUUCUAUAAUGGACUGGUCCAUCUUUCAAUUUGGACUGUACCAUUUAUUAUUCAAAGGGGUUUGCACUGAAAAUUUACUGACUGAAUAGCGAACAGUGCAGACCAUGAUCAGACUGCACGGAUGUGCAGGUUGAUCUUGGUCUGCACUGGUCGCAAAGGCAGAAUCAUCUGCCGCCAGAAGGCUAAGGGUUAAGGCUAUUUCAGGAAAAGAAAAUGACCUCAAUUGUUAAAUCACUAUGUUGCUAAAACUAUGUACUUGUAUGAAUUUCUUGUCAAUUUCUAAGAUUUUUGUUUCACCUAUGGAAUCUAUAAGAAUAUUUAUUAUGAUUUUUAGCUCACCUGUCACAUAGUGACAAGGUGAGCUUUUGUGAUCACGCAGCGUCCGUCGUCCGUGCGUCCGUCCGUCAGUCAGUCCUUAAACUUUUGCUUGUGACCACUCUAGAGGUCACAUUUUUUGUGGGAUCUAUAUGAAAGUUGGUCAGAAUGUUCAUCUUGAUGAUAUCUAGGUCAAGUUCGAAACUGGGUCACGUGCCAUCAAAAACUAGGUCAGUAGGUCUAAAAAUAGAAAAACCUUGUGACCUCUCUAGAGGCCAUAUAUUUCACAAGAUCUUCAUGACAAUUGGUCAGAAUGUUUACCUUGAUGAUAUCUAGAUCAAGUUCGAAACUGGGUCACGUGCCUUCAAAAACUAGGUCAGUAGGUCUAAAAAUAGAAAAACCUUGUGACCUCUCUAGAGGCCAUAUAUUUCACAAGAUCUUCAUGAAAAUUGGUCAGAACGUUCACCUUGAUGAUAUCUAGGUCAGGUUCGAAACUGGGUCACGUUCCAUCAAAAACUAGGUCAGUAGGUCAAAUAAUAGAAAAACCUUGUGACCUCUCUAAAGGCCAUAUUUUUCAUUGGAUCUGUAUGAAAGUUGGUCUGAAUGUUCAUCUUGAUGAUAUCUAGGUCAAGUUCGAAACUGGGUCAUGUGCGAUCAAAAACUAGGUCAGUAGGUCUAAAAAUAGAAAAACCUUGUGACCUCUCUAGAGGCCAUAUAUUUCAUGAGAUCUUCAUGAAAGUUGGUCAGAAUGCUCACCUUGAUGAUAUCUAGGUCAAGUUCGAAAAUGGGUCAUGUGCCAUCAAAAACUAGGUCAGAAGGACAAAUAAUAGAAAAACCUUGUGACCUCUCUAGAGGCCAUAUAUUUCACAAGAUCUUCAUGAAAAUUGGUCAGAACGUUCACCUUGAUGAUAUCUAGGUCAGGUUCGAAACUGGGUCACGUUCCAUCAAAAACUAGGUCAGUAGGUCAAAUAAUAGAAAAACCUUGUGACCUCUCUAAAGGCCAUAUAUUUCAUGAGAUCUUCAUGAAAGUUGGUCAGAAUGCUCACCUUGAUGAUAUCUAGGUCAAGUUCGAAAAUGGGUCACGUGCCAUCAAAAACUAGGUCAGAAGGACAAAUAAUAGAAAAACCUUGUGACCUCCCUAAAGGCCAUAUUUUUCAUGGGAUCUGUAUGAAAGUUUGUCUGAAUGUUCAUCUUGAUGAUAUCUAGGUCAAGUUCGAAACAGGGUCAUGUGCGGUCAAAAACUAGGUCAGUAGGUCAAAUAAUAGAAAAACCUUGUGACCUCUCUAAAGGCCAUAUUUUUCAUGGGAUCUGUAUGAAAGUUGGUCUGAAUGUUCAUCUUGAUGAUAUCUAGGUAAAGAUCGAAACAGGGUCUUGUGCGGUCAAAAACUAGGUCAGUAGGUCUUAAAAUAGAAAAACCUUGUGACCUCUCUAGAGGCCAUACUUGUGAAUGGAUCUCCAUAAAAAUUGGUCAGAAUGUUCAUCUUGAUGAUAUCUAGGUCAAGUUCGAAAGUGGGUCACGUGCCUUCAAAAAUUAGGUCAGUAGGUCAAAUAAUGAAAAAACGUUGUGACCUCUCUAGAGGCCAUAUUUUUCAUGGGAUCUGUAUGAAAGUUGGUCUGAAUGUUUAUUUUGAUGAUAUAUAGGUCAAGUUUGAAACUGGGUCAACUGUGAUCAAAAACUAGGUCAGUAGGUCUUGAAAUAGAAAAACCUUGUGACCUCUCUGGAGGCCAUACCCUUGAAUGAAUCUUCUAAAAAUUGGUCAGAAUGUUCACCUUGAUGAUAUCUAGGUCAAGUUUGAAACUGGGUCAUGUGCCUUAAAAAACUAGGUCAGUAGGUCAAAUAAUAAAAAAACCUUUUGACCUCUCUAGAGGCCAUACUUUUCAUGGGAUAUGUAUGAAAUUUGGUCUGAAUGUUCAUCUUGAUGAUAUCUAGGCCAAGUUUGAAACUGGGUCAACUGCAGUCAAAAACUAGGUCAGUAGGUAUAAAAAUAGAAAAACCUUGUGACCUCUCUAGAGGCCAUAUUUUUCAUGAGAUCUUCAUGAAAAUUAGUGAGAAUGUUCACCUUGAUGAUAUCUAGGUAAAAUUCAAAACAGGGUCACGUACCUUCGAAAACUAAGUCAAUAGGUCAAAUAAUAGAAAAACCUUGUGACCUCUCUAGAGACCAUAUUUUUCAAUGGAUCUUCAUGAAAAUUUGUCAGAAUUUUUAUCUUGAUAAUGUCUAGGUCAAGUUCAAAUCUGGGUCACAUGAGCUCAAAAACUAGGUCACUAUGUCAAAUAAUAGAAAAAACGACGUCAUACUCAAAACUGGGUCAUGUGGGAAGAGGUGAGCGAUUCAGGACCAUCAUGGUCCUCUUGUUUGUGUAUUGUAUUGCAAUGAAUUUUUCAUGCAAUUUUUGUAUUGCAGUUCUUUAUAAAUACCUUUGUAUUAUCAUAAAUAUUAUAAAGUUGAUAGGUGGGUCUACUUUAUUGUCUGGUUUUCUUCAGUGAGACGAUUUUGUACGAGAGAUUGAGAUUUCUGUACAUGUAUGGGUUUGGUAUGUAGGGGAUUUUCCCUGUAUAUUUGUGUUGCCUAAAAUAUCCAAGGGAAGUGAUGAAUUUUAAUUGAUUUACAAGAUAAUUUUAGCAGUUGGUUACUAAUACAGACAGGGAAGAAUAUAUACUCAUACAAACAGGCAUAUUUUGACCUCUCGGUUAUUGAUAUGUAUAGCAGUUCUAAGUUUGUAAUUUUUACACCCAAUUUUUCUGUCAGAUAUGUAUUAUGAAGGCAGUUGCAGUUACAUUUCUGCUGGACAGAUAAUUUUGUUUAUAAUCAAUAUCUGUAUAUCUUUGUACAGUUUUUCAGAGGUUUUGGUUAUACUUUAUUUUUAUAUUUUCAAGUAAUAUUUUGAGUAAAGGAAAGGUAGAGCAGAGAGCUGCUUGGUCGACAGUGUCUGUGAACUCUAAAUAGUUUCAGAUUAAAAGAGGAGAACUGUUAAAAAUAAUUAAAAAUAGCUUUAUAACAGAUCUAUAGUUUCAUGAAAUUGUGAUUAAAGGCACAUUGCUGAACCCACAUUAAAUGAACAAAGCUGUCUUGUUGCUUUUAGAUUGGGGGAAUUCCAUACUUUGAGCCAAUUGAGGUCAUUUUGAUAUUUUCAUACCUCUCUGUGUUGCCUUUUCUGUUUCGUGUUUGAAACUUGCUGAUAUCCAUAUACAUAGUUGUUUAAUUGUUAAAGGGAUAUACAGGUAUAUUCUUGGGCAAAAUUGAAGUUCAUCAUUUGUUAUCAUAAAAUACAUAUAGGGAUUCAUCUUUUUUAGCUCACCUGUCACGAUUGAGACCACGUUUUGUUUUUGAUCUUAAUUAAACUUGCACACAGCUUGUAUGGGCAUGAUAUCUCGUUUCCUUUCGAAAACUGGCCAGAUCCCAUCAUAGGUUUCAGAGUUAUGGCCCAUUAAAGGGCCAGAAUUUGCCAUUUUUGGCUUGUGAACAUGAUAGAGACCACAUUUUGUAAUCAGCUUUAACAAAACUUGCACACAAGUUGUAUUUGCAUAAUAUCUCGUUUCCUUUCGAAAACUGGCCCCUUAAAGGGCCAAAAUUUGCUAUUUUUGGCUUGUGAACAUGAUAGAGACCACAUUUUGCAAUCAACUUUAAUCAAACUUGCAUACAACUUGUAUUGGCAUAAUAUCUCGGUUCCUUUCAAAAACUGGCCAGAUCCCAUCAUGGGUUCCAGAGUUAUGCCUAUGGCCCCUUAAAGGGCCAAAUUUGCUAUUUUUGGCUUGUGAAUAGGAUGAGACCACAUUUUGCAAUCAACUUUAAUCAAACUUGCACACAACUUAUAUUGGCAUUAUAUCUUGGUUUCUUUUGAAAACUGGCAAGAUCCUAUCAUGGGUUGCAGAGUUUAAAAGGCCAAAAUUUGCAAUUUUUACUUUUGCAGCCAUAUAGAGACUUCAUUUACAGUUUGAUUUGAUACAAACUGCAAAAUAUCUUCAACAACAAUAAAUCUUGGAUUCCAUGAUGAUACUGUCGGAUCCAAUCAUAAGUUCCGGAGUUACGGCCCCUGAUUUACCCCUGAAAGAGCCAAAAUUUGUUCAUUUUUACCUUGUGAACACAAUAGAAGUGACAUUUUAUAUUUGAUUUUAACCACACUUACACACAACUUAAGUCACAAUAAGGUCUCAGUUCCUUUCGAAAACCGGCUAGAUUCCAUCAUGGGUUCUAGAGUUGCUAUUUUCUAUCUCAAAUUUUCUAUUUUGGCCCUUUCAGCCAUAUAGAGGUUUCAUUUAUGCUUUGAUUUGAUACAGACUUGCACAGAAUGAUUAUCUUGAUGAUCUCUAGGCCUGGAUUGAAACUUGGUCAUGUAGGGUCAAAAACUAGGUCAUCAGGUCAGAUCAAAGGAAAAGCUUGUUAACAACCUAGAGGCCACAUUUAUAACCCUAUCUUCUUGAAACUUGGUCAGAAUGUUUAUCUUGAUGAUUUCUAGGCCAAGUUUGAAGGUCAUAUGGGAUCAGAAACUAGGUCAUCAGGUCAAAUCAACUCUUGUUCAUCUGAUGUGCAUGAAACUUGAUCAGAAUGUUUGUCUGUAUGAAAUAUCGCAUGAAUUUUAUCUGGGUCAUGUGGGGUCAAAAACUAGGUCACCAGUUCAAAUCAAAGAAUAAGGUUGUUUACACCCUAGGAGGUACAUUUUUUAUUCUAUCUUCGUAAAAUUUGAUCAGAAUGUUUGUUACCAUGAAAUCUUGGACGAUUUCAAAUCUGGGUCACGUGGGGUCAAAAACUAGGUCACUAGGCCAAAUCAUAAGAAAAGCUUGUAUACACUCUAGAGGCUACUUUUUUGCUCCAAUUUUCCUAAAACUUUGUCAGAAUGUUUUCAUGGAAUUUUGGACAAGUUCGCAUCUGGGUCAUUUGGGGUAAAAAACUAGGUAACUUGGUCAAAUCAAAGAAAAUGCUUCUUUACACUCAAGAGGCCACGUUUUUUGGUCCAAUCUUAAUGAAAAUUGGUAAGAAUAUUUGUCUCCAUGAAAUCACCAGGUAAAACAUGUUUACACUGUUAUGGCAUGUUACACAGGUGAGCGAACUAGGGCCAUCUUAGCCCCCUUGUUUUUUAUUGUUCUGAUGUUAACAUCUCACCAAGUGAUAUACAUUAUCUUUAAUGGCCAGUUUUUUUUUUUUUGGAUUGGAUGAUAUGUCAUAUGAUAUUAAGGUAUUAGGCCCCUAAUAGUAAUGUUAAAAAAUGGCAUUUGCUUGGUAUAUUCUAAAGUUGACCGUGCUUCGCACUUAUAUGCAAAUUUUUUAAAAAAUUUUACCGUGCCGUUUUUUAUAAAUUUUGUGUAAUUUAUGGUAUUUCCUAAAGCUCAAGUUGAGACAAAUUUCAAAGUGGUGGCCUUUAUCUAAAACGUUUUCAGAGAAUUUAUUAUUCCAUUAUUUUUUAUAAAAGAAACAUCGAACUAUUGGUAAACAAUCAUAAAACUUAAAAUAAGAACUGUCAAUAUCAUUUUUUCUAGGUGCCUCGAGUAAACGGAUUUAAUCAGACAGAAUUCCAACUCCAAUAUUGAAAAAUUAUGGUCGAAUCCUGCGGAUCCGUUUUGAAUUUUGCUCACUUCAUUCAAAAAUAACCUUGGGGCAGAAGUAAAACCUACCUACAUUUCUUCCACAAUAUGUAAUCUAAAGAAUGAAGGCAAAAUAGAGAACUUUUACCACAUGUAACUCAGUAUUUUUAGCUCACCUGUCACAAAGUGACAAGGUGAGCUUUUGUGAUCGCGCGGUGUCCGUCGUCCGUCGUCCGUCCGUGCGUCCGUCCGUAAACUUUUGCUUGUGACCACUCUAGAGGUCACAUUUUUCAUGGGAUCUUUAUGAAAGUUGGUCAGAAUGUUCAUCUUGAUGAUAUCUAGGUCAAGUUCGAAACUGGGUCACGUGCAAUCAAAAACUAGGUCAGUAGGUCUAAAAAUAGAAAAACCUUGUGGCCUCUCUAGAGGCCAUAUAUUUCACAAGAUCUUCAUGAAAAUUGGUCAGAAUGUUCACCUUGAUGAUAUCUAGGUCAAGUUCGAAACUGGGUCACGUGGGGUCAAAAACUAGGUCAGUAGGUCUAAAAAUAGAAAAACCUUGUGACCUCUCUAGAGGCCAUAUUUUUCAUGAGAUCUUCAUGAAUAUUGGUCAGAAUGUUUAUCUUGAUGAUAUCUAGGUCAAGUUCUAAACUGGGUCACGUAGGGUCAAAAACUAGGUCAUUAGGUCUAAAAAUAGAAAAACCUUGUGACCUCUCUAGAGCCAUAUUUCUCAAUGCAUCUUCAUGAAAAUUGGUCAGAAUGUUCAUCUUGAUGAUAUCUAGGUCAAGUUCGAAACUGGGUCACGUGGGGUUAAAACUAGGUCAGUAGAUCUAAAAAUACAAAAACCUUGUGACCUCUCUAGAGGCCAUAUUUUUCAUGAGAUCUUCAUGAAUAUUGGUCAGAAUGUUCACCUUGAUGAUAUCUAGGUCAAGUUCGAACUGGGUCAUGUGGGUCAAAAACUAGGUCAGUAGAUCUAAAAAUAGAAAAACCUUGUGACCUCUCUAGUGGCCAUAUUUCUGAAUGGAUCUUCAUGAAAAUUGGUCUGAAUGUUCAGCUUGAUGAUAUCUAGGUCAAGUUCGAAACUGGGUCAUGUGCGGUCAAAAACUAGGUCAGUAGGUCUAAAAAUAGGAAAACCUUGUGACCUCUCUAGAGGCGAUAUUUUUCAAUGGAUCUUCAUGAAAAUUGGUCAGAAUGUUUACCUUGAAGAUAUCUAGGUCAAGUUCGAAACUGGGUCACGUGGGGUUAAAAACUAGGUCAGUAGAUCUAAAAAUAGAAAAACCUUGUGACCUCUCUAGAGGCCAUAUUUUUUCAUGAGAUCUUCAUGAAUAUGGUCAGAAUGUUCAUCUUGAUGAUAUCUAAGUCAGAUUCGAAACUGGGUCACGUGGGGUCAAAAACUAGGUCAGUAGGUCUAAAAAUAGAAAAAACCUUGUGACCUCUCUAGAGGCCAUAUUUCUCAAUGGAUCUUCAUGAAAAUUGGUGAAAUGUUCAGCUUGAUGAUAUCUAGGUCAGGUUCGUAACUGGGUCAUGUGCGGUCAAAAACUAGGUCAGUAGGUCGAAAAAUAGAAAAACCUUGUGACCUCUCUAGAGGCCAUAUUUUUCACGAGAUCUUCAUGAAAAUUGGUGAGAAUGUUCACCUUGAUGAUAUCUAGGUCAAGUUUAAAAGUGGGUCACGUGCCUUCAAAAACUAGGUCAUUAGGUCAAAUAAUAGAAAAACCUUGUGACCUCUCUAGAGGCCAUAUUUUUCAAUGGAUCUUCAUGAAAAUUGGUCAGAAUUUUUUAUCUUGAUGAUAUCUAGGUCACAUGUGCUCAAAAACUAGGUCACUAUGUCAAAUAAUAGAAAUAACGAUGUCAUACUCAGUUGAACACUGGGUCAUGUGGAGAUAGGUGAGCGAUUCAGGACCAUCAUGGUCCUCUUGUUUAAAGAUGUCUAACUCUACCCCUUCUGCUUUAGAGGUAAAUUUACUUUGAACAACAAGAAAUUGCAUAUCAAAUGAUUUUUUCCUACUUUUGUACAAUAAAUCAAUAACAAGUCUAGAAAGAAGUAAAAACUUACUAGAAAAAAAGGAAAAUAUGGGAAAAAAAUUUUGGUCCCAGUAGGGCUUGAACCUACGCCCCCCUGAAAAUUGCUGUCAAAGUAGGUUUAUGGUAGGAACUGAAUACUGUUCAAAAAGGAGGUACUCUAUUAUGGGCCUAAUACCUUAAGGUCUCACAUCAUGUCCCCCCCCCCCCCCCUCCCCCACACACACAACACCACCACCACAUCCUGCAUAUCCCUUUAAGAAUAUUGCAUUAAUUUAGGUCAUAGGUUACAUAGAAACUGUUAAAAAUAUGAUUAUACUUUAUCUUUGAGAAAAAUUAAGUAUAACAUUUUUGUACGAGUUUUACUUUGUUCUUACAUAAUAUGAAAAUAUCCUGAAAAAUGUUGUUACAGCUGAAGCGAGUGGGACAUACAGAAGAUGUGAUGUUGUCAUUUAAUUCAUUCAUUAUGUUUUCGUUCAGUUUAACUGGAAUUUACUAACAUUGCACAUAGAACACAUAACAGUAUCAACAUUUUAAACAGAUAACUUCUGUAUGUAGCAAACUACAAGAUUAAUACUCAUAUUAAUCAUAUCAACUGACAUCAUUUAUAGUCAGUCUUCCUUGUAGAAGACAAGGCUGUGAAUAGAUAAGUUUUGGGUUUGAUCACCAUGUGGGCCAAAGUUUUUUCUUGACAAUUUGUCAGAGGACAAUAAGUCUGUUUUCGUCCAUCCUUUACCUCCAAAUAAUGUGGUGAAGUUGUCAGUUAAUUAGAGAACUGGUCAGUACUGAUAGAGGAUCUAAGACCUCUGGUAAGGUUUACUGACUGUCCAGUAAAUGAAAUACUGUAUGAAAAUGGUCCUCCGGGAGAGUUCAGUAGGUUUCUAAAUUUUAAGACUGUGGUCUUGAUGAGAUAUUGGAAGUAUAUGUGACCUGUUGAAGGCCAGAGGUUGUUCUCAGUUGCCUGCUUCUGCCUGAAAUAAACCCCAAAGAGACAGCUAGUAAAGGCACUUGAUAACCAUUGUUGUAAGUGCAGUUUCAGUCGACACAAGAAGUGCUGGUCUGUACCUUCUGUAGAUAUACUGUAUACUCUCAAAUAAACAUCCUUAGGGGCUUUGCUAUUUCGAGGAGUGGGUGCGUUUAUUACCAGGCCCAUUAAAAGAAAAUUAAAUCUUUUAUUUGAAUAUAGUGGUAUAUUAAGUCAAAUUUUUAAUGAAUAUAUAAAAGCAAUGGGGGGAGAGGGAGGUGGUUGCAUUUGCAAUACAGUAGUCUGUUAAAUGAGCCGUGCCGUGAGAAAACCAACAUAGUGGGUUUGCGACCAGCAUGGAUCCAGACCAGCCUGCGCAUCCGCGCAGUCUGGUCAGGAUCCAUGCUGUUCGCUAACAGUUUCUCCAAUUCCAAUAGGCUUUAAAAGCGAACAGCAUGGAUCCUGACCAGACUGCGCGGAUGCGCAGGCUGGUCUGGAUUCAUGCUGGUCGCAAACCCACUAUGUUGGUUUUCCCAUGGCACGGCUCAAAUGUUUAUAAGAAUUGUGAGAUUAAAAAAAGACAAAACAUAUAUAGGAAUUACAGGUGUCAGUUAGAGUAGAAUAUAGAAUUUUGUGUUACAGUUUUGAUUAAGCUGUUGUAUACAAUAUGUUAUUCCUUUCGUGUUCAAGUAUAAAUUAUAUAUAAUGUAGUUUAUAUACCAGUAUUUUUCACAUUUGAAGUUUUGUUGAAGAUUUUGGCUUCUAAUGUCUUAUACAUUUUCAUCAUGAUCAAACUUGAGCAAAAAGAAUAUAUGAGCUGCACCACAAGAAAACCAACAUAGUGCAUUUGCAACCAGCAUGGAUCCAGACCAGUCGGUGCAUCUGCGCAGUCUGGUCAGGAUCCAUGCUGUUCGCUUUCAAAGCCUAUUGCAAUUAGAGAAUGUGGAUGCGCAGGCUGGUCUGGAUCCAUGCUGGUCCCAAAAGCACUAUGUUGGUUUUCUCAUGGUGCGGCUCAAUAUGUAAUUGAAGGCAAGAAAAAUCUUGCAAAUGUACAAUAUGUUACUCUUGUUGGUUCAAAAUUGGCAAAUUAUGGAUGCUUUUGUUAAUAUAAGGCUAUAACUUAGGCUGUAUUUUCAGUUGAAAAUGAACACUCUUAUGAGAAAGAAACUGAUAUGUGCUGUUUUUUUCCAUAUUAACAAAAGUGACAAUUUUUAAAUUCAUUUGUGAACAUUAUUUCAAGCAAUAGAUUUAGUUGUAAUUGUGAAUAUUUUGCAGUGAUUGUAUAUGUGCUGAAUACAGAUUAAGUGCUUACAAUGUAUUGAUUAUUGUUAACAUGUGAGAAUUGUUAGAUGUGUACAUGGUACAAAAAAAUAACAUCAUCAUUGAUACCAA